AUGUUUAAAUUUCUCUGUCUACCACCCAAUAAGGCACAAACUUGGAUGAUAUUCAUAUAUUUUCUUCUUCUACUACCCUUUUCAAAUGCAAAUAUUAUCAUUCCCCCCAAAUAUUCUGUGAAAUUUCACAAUUCUAAGAUAUCUUCUAAUCUUGCAAGUAGCUAUCUACAAUUGAAUGAUCACGAUAGCAAUAACGAUGUGGGCCAGAACGGACAUUUCCAGGUGUUGAAAUCUACAUACACGCAACUUCAAGACACUAACUCUCGGGACUACUUGUGCUACAUUCCACAAGUGGAAAUUAACGACACUUCUAUUUUGGUUGAUGAGAACGCUCAACCAACAGCUGAUCUCUUGGGCAAGGCAGUAAGAAUUUUGAACUCCUCCUUCUCGACCAAAGAAUGUGUUUUUGCUUACGGUUUCAACGGAGGGUACUUCACCUUUGCUUACUGUUUUGGAGAUAAAGUCAUCCAAUACCACGAAAACAUGGAGUACUUCAUCAAGACGAAAAAGCACAAGCCAGAGAAUCCUGAUUUUAUCUUCGUUUUGGGGAAGUUUGAAGGCUCGAACUUUAAAGAAACCAAGAUUGAAAACCAAUGCAAUUGGAAAGAGAAGGACCUGGAAAGACUUAAUCCUAAAGAGUUCCAAAUUAAUGACGACACUAUAAAUCCAUUUAACCAGAAGAAUGUACAUAGUACCCAAAAGUUCAUUGAGCAUACGUUGACCGAUGGUGGGAUAUGUGAUUGGACUGGUGAACCAAGAACUAUAGACAUAAUCUACAAAUGUGAUCCUAAAAGAGGUGGAAACAUUCAUGUAAUUGACGUUAACGAGAUUAAGACAUGCGAAUAUCAAAUGGUGAUAAGUGUCCCACAAUUGUGUCAGUUGAAGGAAUUUCAGCCAAGCAAAGUGGAGGAUGAAGUCAUCGAAAUUGGGUGUAAAGAGAUUGAGGUGCACGAGGAACAUGAAAAUGGAAAUUGGAAUAGAGAUGGCAACAACGACUAUGAAUCAUUAACAGUGGAUUCGUUUUUGAAGAGUAGAACUGAGGAAGACUUAGUUCCAAUCAAGGGAAGAGACUUGUUUCCGAUCCGAAACGAUUACAAAAUUCAAUUGUCAGACUAUACCUUGAGUCCAUUUGGACAGGGAUUCUUUCUGGCAAUUUCUAGAACCCCAAUAGCGAGUGAAAAUUCUUAUUUUAAGCACCGCCAUGUUAUUGUGUAUAAUAAUGAGUAUGAAUCGAAUAUGGACUUGAUUAAUAAGUUUGGUAGAAUGUUUCACAAUAUAAUUGGGAGAAAAAUACUAUCACCUUUGAUAGAUAAAAAUACGGGGAUGCAGCAAUUUAUAACUUGGGAUGAUACGUUUAUUAUCUGGUUUGAAAUGUAUGAUUUUUAUGGUAAUUUCAUUUCGUUGGUGAAAGUUAGCAGAGAUGGAGAAGAAGAGAUUAAGUCUUUGAGCUUGCAAUUAAUCAAUCCUGAAACGAUGGUGGAUCAUGAUGGAGAUUUUGUGGAAAUAGGGGAAUAUCAGCUGCCUAAUGGAGCAGUAAAUUUUCAGAAGUUUGAACAGAGGAGAGAGGUUGAGCCACCACAAGAACAGCCUGGUAUUUCAUUCGUUGUCACUGUGAAGGAUAAAGAAGGAUUGGAUAGUAGUGUGCAACAAGAAGAAAUUGCCAAGCAAAUUGCUGAACAGAUGAAACUUAUCAAGGAACGGCCGCAACAGCACCAGCAGGAGGAGGAAGGGGAGGAAGAACAGCACCAGCAGGAGGAGGAAGGGAAGGAAGAACAACACCAGGGGCACCAGCAGGAGUACGAGCAGGAGCAACACCAGGAGCAAGCACCUCCAGAUGAUCCUGAGGGCUAUCAUACACGAGAGAAUGCUGACGAUCAUCAUGACGAAACUGAGGUCCAAGUUCAAGAAGAACAGUUAGACCACGUUGAACAAACCCAAGAUCAAGAUGAAGGGGGCAUGAUUGUUGAUAACAUGGAGGCUGUAGAAGAAUCACCUGCAAUUGGUUCAGUUUUAGGAACAGUCGAGCAGCCAACCAGAGAACUGACUGAUGACCAAACUGCAGAACUGACUGUUCAGUCCAAUGAAAACAUAAUAGCUAGCGCUGUCUCUAUUGAGAGUGAACUAGAGUCUGCUGAGCACCCUGAGAGUGCGUCCGAAGAAUAUAUGGCUUACUCAACAGUCACCGUCACGCCCGCCUUAGAAACCGUCAUAGUGUAUGUUCCUGCAACCGAAGCUGAAAAGGAGAGAGAUGAUGAACAAAAAGAAUCAGUUGAACCUGAACACCCUCACGAUGAAUUAUGA